AUGGCAAUUGGAGCACUGUUGGCUCAAUACCUCGGAAAUGAUGAGCUAUGCCCUAUUCAUUAUAUCAGCAGAGGGUUUAGGGACGCGAAGUUCAGAUAUUCGAAAGCAGAGCAAGCAUGCUUAGCGCUCAUAUAUGCUACGCAAAAAUCACGAUCUUAUCUACUCUCUCAUGAAACCAUAGUGGCAGCAACUGCUAAUCCAAUCACUUAUCUGGCAACAAAACCAGUAUUAUCCGGCAGGACAGCCCGCUGGCUACGACAACUAUCUGAAUUUGAUCUCAAGUAUCAGCGGUCUAAAGGAGUACGCGGGAAAUCAUUUGCAGAUUUAUUGGCUGCAUUCCCAAGUAUGGAUAUGACGGAAAUAAGAGAUGAAAUACCUGGAGAAGUUGCAGAAGUCGAAGAUGAAGAACGCUGGACAAUGUUCUUUGACAGUUCAUCGUAUGGUUCUUACGGAGGGGAGGGGAUAGUAUUUGAGAUACCUAAAAGAGAAUUGUCAUCAUUCGCUUUCAAGAUAGACUUUGAAUGUAGUAAUAAUGUGGCAGAGUAUGAAGCAUUGAUUCUCGGAUUACAAAUGGCUAAAGAGCUCAAUUUAGGGGAAAUCGACAUCAAGGGAGACUCGGAGCUAGUCAGAAACCAAGUAUCGGGUAACUUCCAGGUAAAAGAGGCGCACUUGGCACCUUACCGAGCAGAAGCCCAAGAAUUGAUAACGAUGAGAGAAAGUACCGUUAUUGGGCAUACAGGAUGA